AUGGCCCCCGUCACACUCACCGAGGACCAGCUUCUUGGCCUGCGUUCUAUUCCCCCCUACGACUACAGAAUGGCUUCUCACACCAACACCGCCCAGACGCCUGCCACCGCUUCCACCGACGCCUCCUCCCAGGCCGACUACUUCACCUCCUCGCUGAGCUCGGCCACCAACUCGUCUCGCAACUCGGUUGAGCUCCAGGACGGCGUUGUUACCGUCGAGACCCCUGGCGGCACCAUCACCACCCACAAGACCAAGAACCGCCUGCCACCUCUCUCCCGCGAGUUCCCCAAGCCUACCAAGGAAAUCGACGUCGAGGAGGCCCUCGCCCGCAAACCCGGCCGCUGGACCGUCAGGGGCGCCCUCGCCGUCGAGAGACCCGCUCAGGUCGUCGACGAAGAGAUGCUCAAGGCUCAGCGCCGCCAGGCCCUAGAGGACGCCAAAAAGGAGCUGUUUGCCGCCAGCGAGAUGCUCAAGACCACGACGCUUCCGUCCCGCAAGGGCGUUUAG